AGUCAUAGGGUUUUCUUGUUCUUAUGAUGAUGUCCACGUUUGGGGAAUGUGCUCUUUUGAUGGAGUUUAUUAACAAACCUGUGAUGACACAGGUUUGCGUUUCUGCGUGCACUCUGUGUCCACUCGGAUUUUGAUUUCGCUGUGCCUCCAGCUUACAAUGUGAAAAAAAGAAAGAAUUCACAGAACAGAGCACUCUAUAGAUAGGCUGCUAUAAAUAACGCCACUGCACGGCUUAUAACUGUAUGCCAAUUGGGCAAAUAUGAUAGGUUUCACUUGUUUACAGCCAACAAGGGUGCGGCUUUAUCGCUACUUUAUAUGCGCCCGCGGAGUUCACUUAAGUUAAAUAAGUACACACACAGAGAGAGAGAGAAACAUAUACACAUACACACGGCCUACUUCCAUAGUUCAUUUGCGGAGAGGGAGAGAGCAAGAUAGAGAGAGAGACUCAGACUAAUUCCUCCACGCAGCCUGUGCCAAUGCGCAAACAGUCUACGCCGUGGGAUAGGUCUCCCCCAAAUUGAGGCUGCGCUCUCAACGAUCAUGCGAUUGAAUGACGAGCGCGUCAUGCUUGUCUUCCUCCUCUGCUGUUCGCUGCGAUCGGUGGCUCUGCGUUCCGCAAUCCCCUGGGAUACUGUACCGCCCUCGAUGGCUCUUCUAUCGCCGUUCCGCUCCCACUGAAUGGCUGUCCGGAGCGAGGAAAAACGAACCAGCGCUCUGCAUCAGCUUCCCAGCGAGGGGACCUUUUGGUGGUGUGCGUAGGCGCACCAUGGCCCAGACCCUCCAGAUGGCGAUCCCAAACUUCGGCAACAACGUUCUAGAGUGUCUGAAUGAGCAGCGGCUGCAGGGACUCUACUGCGAUGUGUCCGUAGUGGUCAAGGGCCAUGCUUUCAAGGCUCAUCGAGCAGUUCUGGCUGCUAGUAGUUCUUAUUUCCGGGAUCUUUUCAGCAGCAGCAACAACAGCAAUGGUGGAGGUGGCGGAAGCAGUGAGGCCAGCCCAACCGUAGUGGAGCUCCCGCCGGCCGUGCAGCCUCAGAGCUUCCAGCAGAUUUUGGCUUUCUGCUACACAGGCCGUCUUAGCAUGACGGUGGGGGACCAGUUUCUCCUCAUGUAUACUGCCGGCUUCUUGCAAAUCCAACAGAUCAUGGAGAAAGGCACUGAAUUCUUCCUCAAGGUAUCCUCCCCCAGCUGUGACUCCCAGGGCCUUCAUGGAGAGGAGGCCCCACCUUCAGAGCCCCAGAGCCCUGUGACACAGACCAGUAACGGUGCAGCCCGGCCCGCCUCCUGUCUGACGCCGCUCCCUCUGGUAUCACGAGUUAAGACGGAGCAGCCAGCGAGCCAACCAGAGGCGGCCACCCCUUACUCAGUGGUUUGCACUCCUGUCGCCAAGCGACUAUGGGAGGGGGGCAGCACCCGAGAUGGAGGUGGGGUAGGUUCAGGGGGAGGAGGAGGUGCCAGGAAAGCAGCCCGUUAUUCCCAGGAGGCAGUGCGGGGCAGCGCUAUCCAGAGCCCCGCAGGUCUCGGACUGGCUGUGGGUAUGGGUGCCACCACAACCAACCUCGUGGGAAUGGUGGCCGGUGGUGGGAUUGGCGGCGGUGCCAGCACCAACGGGAACUCUGCAGCAGGCCUUAUCAUGUCAGAGGGCGCCAGCCCUGGCACCCUGAGUACCUACGCUAGUGACUCACCUAUCAGCUACCAUGAUGACGAAGAAGAAGAGGAGGGGACAGAUGAAAGUGCUGAGGAGCAGUACAGACAAAUCUGCAACAUGUACACCAUGUACAGUAUGCUCAACAUGGGAGCUGCAGCUGCUGGUGAGCGUGUUGAGGCUCUACCAGACAACACGGAGACGCGAGGUCGGAUGCGUGGCAGAGAUCUUUCGUGUCUUCCUGCAGAACUUAUUGCCCAAAUAGGCAACCGCUGUCAUCCCAAACUGUACGAGGAAGGAGAUCCUGCUGAGAAACUAGAGUUAGUCUCAGGUACUUCUGUGUAUAUAUCACGAGCUCAGCUAAUGAACUGUCAUGUGAGUGCAGGGACCAGACACAAGGUGCUGCUGAGGAGGCUGCUGGCCGCCUUCUUUGACAGGAACACUCUGGCCAACAGCUGCGGGACAGGCAUUCGCUCGUCCACCAAUGACCCGAGUCGCAAGCCCCUGGACAACAGAGUGCUCCAUGCAGUCAAAUUUUAUUGCCAGAACUUUGCAACCAGCUUCAAAGAGAGCGAGAUGAACGCCAUUGCAGCUGACAUGUGCACCAACGCCCGACGUGUGGUCCGUAAGAGCUGGAUACCCAAGCUAAAGCUACUGAUGGCGGAAAGUGACGCCUACUCUGCGUUCCUUCCCGAAGGUGUCAAGACAGAGGAAGACGCCCUGGGGGCGGAUCCAACCUUCGACCCUGCCUCAUUGGAGUCCGCCAGUGGUGCUGGUAUGGAGUCAGGCGGCUCUUCAGGUGAAUCGCUACCAGGUGUGGGUGGGGACGGAGGACCGUUAUUUUGAAUGUUUGGUGACGCACAUACAGUAUUCCCCAGUUGCGCUUGCCUCCUCACUCUUUGGCCCACGCUGAUCUCUCACAUCUUGACUGUCUAUACUACACUGUUAGGGUCAACAGUUGUUGCCCUGAUGUAACCAGGACUUGAAAACUUAAUUUUUUUUUUUUGCUUUGACUGUAUAAUGGAGGUAAUCAAGAAAAGGAAGGGCAUAAGAGGGUCUUUAGUUGUGUCCUAGCUGCCCUCUGCCUCCCCUUGUCUUUUUAAGGUGUGUAAGC